ACUUGCCACAGACUGGUCACACUGCAUUGCACGUGUGUUUUCAUUUUUUGAUGCGGCUUUAUUAUUUAGUUAAUUUAUAAAAAUAAAACCCGUCUCUAGCCUAGAAAUGAGUGAACAACAGGAUGAGCCUGUAGUCUGCCUGCCCGGGGAGCGACUCUGCAGAUCCGAGGAUAGCAUAGUUCUGGGCAUAGGCACCUACGAGCAGAAUGGCUACGUUUACGCCUCGAAGUCUGGAAUUGUCAACAUCGAAGAUUCGGGUGAUAAAUGCCAGGUGGUUAGUGUGCAUAAGCCCGGCUUCCAUCUAACCAUACCAGCCACCGGAGACGUGGUCACAGCCAGAGUUCUCGUCACAACUCCAAAAUUCGCCAAGUGUGCCAUUUUCUGUGUACGAAAUGUGCUGCUGGAAAGCAGCUACCGUGGACUCCUGCGCAAGGAGGAUGUCCGGGAGACCGAAAAAGAUCGCGUCGAUAUCUACAAGUCCUUCCGGCCGGGCGAUGUCAUCCUGGCGAGGGUCAUCAACCAACUGGAGCAGACCUUCCUCCUCACCACCGCCGAAAAUGAACUAGGCGUGGUCAUCGCCUAUGCCAGUGAUUACCGAAAGACCCGCGUGCCCAUGGUUCCGGUCGGCUGGAGCGAGAUGCAGUGCCCCCAGACCACGAUCAAGGAGCCACGGAAAGUGGCUAAAGUUCUGCCUGAGAGUUCAAUAAAUGCUCUGAAAUAAGGUCAAUCACAUGGUAA